GGCGAGCAGUGGCAGCGGGCCCUAGCGCUGCUGAGCGAGAUGCGGGAGGCGAAGCUGGAGCCCGACGUCUUCUCUCCUACAUGGCCAGUGGAAGCGCGUGCGAGAAGCUCUCUGGGCCUCACGUGCACAAAAUCGCCCGUUUACGGCGCCACCACGGGGCCGAAUCGCUCAGGCCGCCCUAGUCAGCUACACCGCUGGGAUCAGCGCGUGCGAGAAGGACGAGCAGUAGCAGCGGGCCCUGGCCGUGCUGAGCGAGAUGCGGGGGGCGAAGCUGGAGCCCGACGUCUUCAGCUACACCGCUGGGAUCAGCGCGUGCGUGAAGGACGAGCAGUAGCAGCGGGCCCUGGCCGUGCUGAGCGAGAUGCGGGGGGCGAAGCUGGAGCCCUACGAUACCUCAGCUACAGCGUUGGGGUCAGCGCGUGCGAGAAGGGCCAACAGUGGCAGCGGGCUUGGGCGCUGAUCAGCGAGAUGCGCAAGACGAAGCUGAAGCCCAACGCCGCCACAAGCUACAAUGCUGGGGUCGGCGCGGGCGAGCAGGGCGAGAAAUGGCAGUGGGCUUUGGCGCUGAUGAGCAAGAUGCAGGAGGCAAAGUUAUAG